AGCACCCCCCCAGGUGGCCUCCACAGUCUCACCUUCAGGCUCAAAGCUGGCUCUGUGGGGACACAGUGACAUGAGAGGCACACCACAGACCCACCUCCUGGCCUUCUCCCUCCUCUGCCUCUUCUCCAAGGUAUGUGCCCAGCUGUGCCCAACACCAUGUACCUGUCCCUGGCCACCACCCCGAUGCCCACAGGGGGUGCCCCUGGUGUUGGACGGUUGCAACUGCUGCCGGGUAUGUGCACGGCGGCUGGGGGAGCCCUGCGACCAUCUCCACGUCUGCGACCCCAGCCAGGGGCUGGUCUGCCAGCUCGGGGCGGGCCCUGGCGGCCGGGGGUCCAUGUGCCUCUGGGGAGAGGAUGAGGGCAGCUGUGAGGUGAACGGCCGCCUCUACCGGGAUGGGGAGACCUUCCAGCCCCACUGCAGGAUCCGCUGCCGCUGUGAGGAUGGCGGCUUCACCUGUGUGCCCCUGUGCAGCGAGGACGUGCGGCUGCCCAGCUGGGACUGUCCCUACCCCAAGAAGGUGGAGGUCCCAGGAAAAUGCUGCCCUGAGUGGGUGUGCGACCAGGGAAGGGGGCUGGGGGUCCAGCCCCUCCCAGCCCAUGGCAACCGAAAAGAGGGCAUUGGUUCCAUAGAAGAUGGCGCCACACAAGAGGCGAUAGAGCAUGGACCCCAGUUUUCUGGUCUUGUCGCUCCCCCAGCCCCUGCCGUCUCCUGCCCAGAAUGGAGCACGGCCUGGGGCCCCUGCUCAACCACCUGUGGGCUGGGCGUGGCCACCCGGGUGUCCAACCAGAAUCGCUUCUGCCGCCUGGAGACCCAGCGCCGCCUAUGCCUACUUGGGCCCUGUCCACCCACCAGGAGCCGCAGCCCAUGGAACAGUGCCUUUUAGAGCCAGACUGAGAAUGGAGACUCGGUGUCACCCGCCCGCCCAGCAAGCAAUCUGGGCUGCAGGCAACAGUCCAGCUUGGGUCCACCAUCCGGGCCCUGGAGGACGAGAGUGUUCCCAAGCCAGCUGGUCCACCUGGACCCUGGGAUGCAGCGGGAUGCAUGCCCUAGUCCUCCUUUCUCUAACUCACAGCCUGGGAGAAUGGCCAGGUUUCUUCUGGUCCAUUCACAGCCUUUAUCAAUGAUGCGCACGGGCUAGCUUUCCAGAGAUGGGGCCACCAUCUCUCCCUUAAUCAGUAGACUGAGGCAGGUGCUGGGCUGGAUGGGCUAUUUUUCUGGGGGUAUGAUGAAGAGGGGGCACAGAUGUUCUGAAUUUCCUGCUUCCUUUCCUGGAGCGAUGUAAGAAUAUCCCUGAAUAUGUGCCUAUGUGUCAAGCUUGUGCUGUCUGAGAAAGCCCUCCCUCCCCACCAUGGGCAGAAUUCAGGGGCUGAAUUCUUUGUAAAAAUCACAAGGUGAAAUCGCUCUGUCUUGAAGAAAGUCAGAAAACAGGCCUUAACUUAACCCAUUAAACCCAACUUGUAUGAGUAAGAAUUAGCCUUUUUUGAGACUCUGCAAUGCACCAGGCCAAGCCAGACAUUUCAUACGGGUCGGUGCUUGGGAACAUUUUUGACUAGAGAGAAGCAGGGGAGGAUGAAGAGUGCCUUCCAGAGACUGGCGAACAUGGCCUGAAAUAAACCAG